CCUGCUCUCGGCCACUCUGCCAGCCAUGAGAUCCUCCCUGUCUCGGCAAACCUACUCAACCAAAGGAGGCUUCAGCUCCAACUCAGCCAGCGGAGGGGGCGGGUGUAGAACCCGCAACAGCUUCAGCUCGGUGACAAUGUCCCGGAGCAGUGGCGGUGGUGGUGGGGCUCGCUGUGGCCCCAGCACCAGUGGCUUUGGCAGCCGGAGCCUCUAUAACUUGGGAGGCAGCAAGAGCAUCUCUGUCAGCGUGGCCGGAGGGGCCUCCUCGGGCCGGGCUCUGGGGGGCUUCGGCUUUGGCAGUGGGGCCUACAUGGGCCUGGGGGCUGGCAGGCAGACCUUCGGGCCUGCUUGUCCUCCAGGGGGGAUCCAGGAGGUCACUGUCAACCAGAGCCUGCUGACCCCCCUCAAUGUGGAGAUAGACCCAGAGAUCCAGCGGGUGCGCACCCAGGAGCGCGAGCAGAUCAAGACCCUCAACAACAAGUUCGCCUCCUUCAUCGACAAGGUACGUUUCCUGGAGCAGCAGAAUAAAGUGCUGGAGACCAAGUGGGCUUUGCUGCAGGAGCAAAGCCAGAACAUGGGUGUCACCAGAAACAACCUGGAGCCCAUCUUUGAGGCCUACCUGAGCAGCCUGCGGAGGCAGCUGGAUAGCAAGCAGGACGAGCGGGGGAGAUUGGACUUGGAGCUGAGGAACGUGCAAGAUCUCCUGGAGGACUUCAAGAACAAGUACGAGGAUGAAAUCAACAAGCGCACCGCUUUGGAGAAUGAGUUUGUGGUGCUCAAGAAGGAUGUGGAUGCUUCGUAUAUGGGCCGAAUGGAUCUGCAUGGCAAAGUGGACUCCUUGAACCAGGAGAUUGACUUUCUCCAGGCUCUCUACGAAAUGGAGCUGAGCCAAGUGCAGACCCACGUGUCUGACACCAAUGUCGUCCUGUCCAUGGACAACAACCGCAGCCUGGACCUGGACAGCAUCAUUGCCGAGGUCAAGGCCCAGUAUGAGCUGAUUGCCCAGAGGAGCCGGGCGGAGGCCGAGGCCUGGUACCAGACCAAGUACGAGGAGCUGCAGGUGACGGCGGGGAAGCAUGGGGACAACCUGCGGGACACCAAGAACGAGAUUGCGGAGCUUACCCGCACUAUCCAGAGGCUGCAGAGUGAGGUGGAUGCGGCCAAGAAGCAGUGUCAGCAGCUGCAGGCGGCCAUCGCCGAAGCGGAGCAGCGUGGGGAGAUGGCGCUCAAGGAUGCUAAGAAGAAGCUCGGGGAUCUGGACACGGCCCUGCACCAGGCUAAGGAGGACCUGGCCCGGCUGCUGCGUGACUACCAGGCCCUCAUGAACGUCAAACUGGCCCUGGAUGUGGAGAUCGCCACCUACCGCAAGCUGUUGGAGAGCGAGGAGAGCAGGAUGUCUGGAGAAUGUCCCAGCGCUGUCAGCAUUUCUGUGACUGGCAACUCCACCACCAUGGUUGGAGGCAGUGCGGCUGGCUUUGGGGGUGGCGUCUCCCUAGGUGGGAGCGGGGCUGGCUUCAAGGCUGGAUUCAGCACGAACGUGGGCUACGGCAAUGUCAAAGGCGGGGCCGGCUCUGGGGGCACCUCCAUCCUGCGGAAGACCACCACGGUCAAGACGUCCAGCAGGAGGUACUAGCCGCUGAGACAGGCAUGCCGGGGGCCCUGCAGUCCUCUCGCUGCCCCAUCCCCAUCCC